AUGGCAGCACUCGAAGAACUUCCGUGGAUAGAUUCCAUGGCUCCGUCAUCUUCAUCUGUGCAGGACCACGCUGAUUCUCAGCCUCCGACGGUCGCUGCUUUCUCUCCUACUACCAUCUCUGGCUCGUCAUUAACCUCGAGACAACGCUCCAGUAUAAUUGUACACCGCAAAUCUCCUCUUCUAGUAGCCACUCCGCCCCAAAUAACCCGCGCUUUGGCUUAUUCGCAUCCCUUUAUUCUACCAUUAAAUAAACUCGUGGGCUUGCUCACGUGGACAACCGGGGAUGGGUGGCAGAGCUUCCUACUUGUGGCCGUGUUCUGGGCGCUGGUACUUUAUGGCGAAGUCAUUAUCCUAUGGGCAGGGCCACUCCUGUUAGUGGUUGGGCUCAUUUUGGGCAUGUACUGGCGACGCUACUCGCCCUUGUCCUCUAGAGCUCAUAUGGGAGAGAAGCAGAACCAUCAAAGAGCCGCCUCCGACAGCUCUCCGCAUGGCAACGAGACGCUAGACGAGAUAGUCGAGACUCUUAGAGCGUUCACCACUCGGUGCAAUAUACUGCUGGAACCCCUUGUUGAACUGACCGAAUUCUUAUCAACACAAAGGACGGCCACGUCUGCUACGACCCGGCCAGCCCUUACCACUCUCUUCAUUCGCAUCCUACUCGUGACACCUAUUUGGGUUGCCUUGACCCUGCCGCCAUUGUAUCUGAUUACCACGCGUCGUGUGGUCAUGAUUUUUGGCACUAUCAUUAUCACCUAUCAUUCUCGACCGGCAAGAGUCUGCCGAGUCAUUCUAUGGCGGUCAUUGACCAUUCGCAGAAUCUGUUCGAUGCUUACUGGCCUGUCCUUCUCGUCUGACGUGGAUAAGACAUUUUCGGCCGUGAUGCUAAGUCAUGGUCAUGCGGUGAACAUCGCUACUAGGCGCCGCGGGGACUCCUCUGGCGUUCGCUUCACAUUUAUCAUCCACGAGAACCAGCGUCGCUGGUUAGGCAUUGGUUGGACGUAUUCCCUCUUUCCCUCCGAGCGGGCUGCAUGGACCGACGAGCACCUGAAUCCAGUGCCUUCAAAGGACGAAUUCGAGCUGCCCGGUGUUCAAAGUGGGAACGCACAGUGGCGAUGGGUUGACGGCAGCGAGUGGCAUAUCGAAGGAGCCGAGGACCCUAACGGACACUCUGAUGCCAAAUCAUCUGACGGCGGAGGAUGGGUUUAUUACGACAACAAGUGGAAUGAGGGUCGCCGUGGCCAGGACGGCUGGGACCGAUAUACUCGUCGUCGGAAAUGGUGCCGUGACGCUGAACUCGUCGAGGUGCCCUCCGCAGCGGCCGAGGGCACAUCGAAAAUAGUGGCCUCUGGUCUGUCCCAGGCCUUGGACGAAGAGAAACGAAAAAGCCAAGCGGCCGGCACCGUGGACGCGCCACCGGCAGAUAAUAGCGGCGGAGGCGAUACCGAUAGCUUGGCCCCCUCAACCUCCUCCAAAUCGCGGAGACGCCAUUGGUUCGGGAGCACGAAGAGUGUAAGCGACAUCAAGAACAGCAGCCUCUCCUCUGCUCCACCAACCUCCACCACCAACUCCUCCGUUGAUCUUGGAAAAAUAACGUCUGCCAAUAGUACCAAUCAACCAUCCGGGGAAGGCCCUUCCAGGCCGAUUAAUAUCUCUCAUUCUCGAAAGUUGUCCAAUUAUUCCGGAACCGCCAGCUACGCAAGCAGCCAAGGACCAGACGGCAGCCUCCGAGAAAAGGAAUUCACCCGGGCGCAUGAUCAGCUAGAUCGGUGGGCUGCUAGAGCGGCAGGGGGAACCGAACGGGCAGAGCGAGAGUUAGGCUUGGGCGAUGAGGUGAAUAUGGGGCUGAGUUGA